GGUCAGCAUCGUAUCUAGCAAUCUCUGUCUUGCUCUCCUUUCCUGUCCAACCAAUCACAGGACCCUUGACAAGGAGCAUCAGCCCAGACAGCAUAAAGUGGAUGAUUGAGAACCGCCUGUCCCAUGCUGAUAUAUCCAAGCAUGUGAUCAUGGUCCCACCAACCACUGCUCAUGUCCACCCUUCUGGGUCUACUGGGCUGUCCUCACUGAACCUCGACAUUCCCCUCCUCCACGUCAACGUCAACAAAGGCCACGGAGCGGUUGAUAUCAGCCAAACUCAGCAAAUCCAUCCAAACAUACCCUAUGUCACACGGUGUGAGCGACCAAGAUCCAAUAGUCAUCAGUGACAGUGACGACGAGGUCGUUACAAUCAUCCCAAAAACCUCCAACAACCAUCAUGCGCACGCCCAACCUCUCCAACCGCCCUCCAUACGCUCUGCAAGGGACAAACGCAAGCCGGCUUAUCAUCAGUCUCAACAACUGGGCUCGCCGUCGUCGGUCCCGUUGACCUGGUAUCAACUUCGACGAUAUGCGUCGGAUCGGUUGCGCCCAAUUAACUGUCUGUGGAGGAACUGCGACGCUGUACUGGCCGACCCGGAUCUGCUCAGAAGACAUGUGCAAGUACAUUGCGCCCAAGCCAUACCAAUUGCUGCGAUGCGGAGACGGAAGGGCGGUUUUGCCGAUGCAGGUUGCGAAUGGAAUAAGUGUGAAGAAUUCGGCUUUUACAACUCGCAAUCGCUCGCAGGACAUGUCAUCAAGGAGCAUAUUGAUCCCCUGAUCUCUUCUUGGUGUCCUUUUGCUGGAUGCUCGUACACUUCUCCCUCCUCUCGAGCACUCUCUGUCCAUGCCGAGUGCAGCCACAAGACACCAUGGACCUUGUCCCUUCUUCCUCGACCUUUCUCAUCUCGUCUACCGCCUCUGCCUCCUCGGAUCCUUCCGAAAAAGAUCCCCACAUUUCUUCUAUCCCCUGUCCGACCCACAUGGUUUAAAUCUCUCACGAAAUCGGACGAACCGUCUCGGAGGAAGGUCCGAUCUCGAUCUCAGUCACAAUCUCCCCCAUUGUCGCGUGAGGCAAUCAAGAUGCUCAUCUUUUCUCGUCGGGACGAUGAUGUCCCAUUCUUACCGAUAGGCUUACGUGAGGAGACAGACGUUGGGUCCUCCAGUACUUUCCCACCGGAUCAGCAAGACUUCGAUCUCGCACGGUCAGGUCAAGCGUAUCACAUCAUGUCCAUAUUUCCCGACUCCGUACCAGACCCUCCUCUUUCCUCAGCCUCGACUGGACCUAACAGAAUCACGAAAGCUUGGAGAAGACGAUAUUCCCCUCUGAGUCUCGUUUUCCAACCCCGUUCAAUCUCAUCAUGUGUCCCUCAAGUAACAAGGCAGGCGGCUGACAUGAACUCGGGCAGAGAUCGUCGGCGGAAUCGGACACUGCGUCCGGCAGACGAUGACGAUCUGUUUUCACUUGAGAGAAUUCGAAGGGCCGCGAAGAAAUACGCCAUGAGGAAGAGCGGGCGUGUUCUCGGGGUCGACUUCUUGGAGCAUGUCCGUGAUUUUGAAGCUUGCGGAAGGCGUUGGGGAGAGUUGUUCUAG